UUUGCUUCUAAGAUUUACUGUAUCGGAUUUAAUUUGUUGUACUGGUUCACUGGGGAGGAAUAGUGCGUGCAUUAAACAGAAGACCUGAAAUGACUAUGGAAAGAUGCUCAUCCUCAAAAGUGAUAAAAAUGACGGAGGAGGAAAAGUUGACAUCUGGAGAGAAAACUGGCAAACCCGUGUUAUACGGGGUGGAUGAUGUUCCGCCGGCUCACAUGACGGUCUUAUUUGGGUUACAGCAAGCCGUGAUGUGUAUCGGAGGGACGCUCUCCUUGCCGUAUAUCUUGGCGGCGUUACUUUGCCCGAUGGAUGAACAAAACGUGCGAGCGCAACUUCUCAGUAUAACCAUGUUCAUGUGUGGUGUAGCCACCGUUCUGCAGUGUUUCUUUGGCGUGAGGUUACCUAUCAUUCAAGGUGGUUCUCACACAUUUGUGGCCCCGAUCGUUGUGAUGAUGUCCCUGGAAAAGUUCCGUUGUCCAGACCAGGGUUUAGACAUAUCGACUGGGAACAGAACACACGUUGACUGGACAGAAAGAAUGCGGGAGAUACAGGGGAACUUGAUCCUGGCAUCCAUGACUCAAAUUCUUCUAGGAAGUUUCGGGCUCAUCGGGAUAAUUUUACGAUUUGUAGGACCUCUAACUAUCGCCCCAACGGUGUCCCUGAUAGGUCUAUCUCUGUCACAUGUCGUCGCCAUGUUCUGUGAAACACAUUGGGGAAUUUCAAUGCUGACUUUGUUUUUUCUCCUGUUGUUUUCAACCUGUAUCAACAAAUUGGAAGUCCCAAUUCCCUCAUUUUCACUCCAGCGGAAGUGUCAUACAAAGAGGCUUCCUGUAUUCCAGCUCUUUCCUGUUGUGUUCUGUGUCUCAAUUGUAUGGGCGUUGAGUCACGUGCUCACUGUAGCCGAUGUCUUUCCCAGCAACAGCACAGUCACGGGAUAUAAAGCGAGGACGGACUCCAAAUUACAAAUCAUGACGGACUCUUCCUGGUUCUCAUUCCCUCUUCCAUUUCAGUUCGGGAGUCCCACGUUUAGCUUGGCAGGUUACAUGGGAAUGCUAGCCGCGACAAUUUCAUCCAUUAUUGAGUCUGUUGGUGAUUACUUUGCGGCUGCGCGAAUAUCUGGUGCUCCACUUCCGCCAGCGCAUGCCAUCAAUCGAGGUAUCACAUUUGAGGGCGUGUCCAGCAUAAUUUCUGGAUUGGUUGGAGCAGGUCAUGCUACAACGUCAUAUAGCGGGAACAUUGGAAUUAUCGGAAUAACGAAAGUGGCUAGCAGGGCUGUGUUUAUAGCGGCAGGCGUGAUCCUAAUUAUUUGUGGUGUCAUAGGGAAAGUGGGAGCAGCCCUGGCCCUAAUACCAGAACCCAUCAUCGGCGGGGCUCUUCUCCUGGGUCUAGGAAUGGUGGUGUCCAUAGGGAUAUCAGUGCUGCAGUUCUGUGAUAUGUCCUCCAGCAGGAACGUCACCAUUCUGGGACUUUCGUUCUUGAUGGGUCUGAUGGUGCCAGAGUGGUUAGCUGAAAACUCUGAAAAAGUUAAAACAGGUUCGGAUGAAUUGGACCAGAUGAUUCGAGUUCUAUUUGGAACAGCGUCCUUCGUUGGAGGUUUCAUGGGGUUUAUGAUGGAUAAUAUCAUUCCUGGGUCUAAACACGAAAGAGGCAUCGACAGAUGGGUGAAUCAGUCAGUCUUUGAUCCGGAACGGCUGUCCACAGAUUCAGACCCUAGCAGGGUGUACGACUUACCUUAUGUUACCAAAUAUAUCAAUCGUGUCAGACUGUGUCGAUUCUGUCCCGUUUCGCCAUCAUUCAUACAAUUCGGGAGUUCGUGUUUUAAAACCAGACAGGGAGAAAACGUUUCAACCAAAUUAACAAAUGAAAAUGAGUUGAUUCCCUUACAGAACGGGACGGAAGGUUGACUUCUACUGUCAGAGACUUAAAACGCUAGCAUGCCAUAUAUCAAACAUGGAAACGCAAUAAUAAGAUAUCAAUGUAGAACAAAAUGAAAUACAGUUGUAUAGGGUAUUACAAUAUGUCAGAUUACAAAUAUCACGGUUGUAUAAGAUAAAGUUCCUCUCAGUGCGCAUGUAAAAUGUUUUAAUUUUUAAGCUAAACUGUUUUAAUAAUGAUAAUAAUACCAUAUUUAUAUAGCACCCUUUUCAUACACUAUGUACGCUCAAAGGUGCUUUACAAUGCAUAUAUACCUUACAACAGAAUGUUAUACACAUAAUACAUGGGAAAUAAAUAAAAGACUAAAAAGCAAUGAU